AUGUCUCAGUACUCAGGAAAGAUUGUGCUCUAUGAGGGCAAAUGCUUCACGGGCAGGAAGCUGGAGCUCUGCAGCGAAUGUGACAACUUUCAGGACCGUGGCUUCAUGAACAGAGUCAACUCAGCCAGGGUGGAGAGCGGCGCCUUUGUCUGCUUUGACCAUCCUGACUUCAAGGGCCAGCAGUACAUUCUGGAGCAUGGAGAGUACCCUGAAUUCCAGCGCUGGAAUGCUCAUAAUGAUCACAUGGGCUCCUGCCGACCAAUUAGAAUGCACGGAGAACACUACAGAUUGGAACUGUUCGAGGGAGACAACUUUGCUGGUCAGUGUGUGGAAUUGUGUGAUGACUGUCCGUUUCUACAAGCACAAGGUCUGACCAAGAACUGUGUCAACUCCAUUAAAGUUUAUGGCGACGGGGCCUGGGUGUUGUAUGAGGAGCCAAAUUAUCGUGGACGCAUGUACAUCGUGGAGAGAGGAAGCUUAUGCAGCCACAAGGAGUGGCAAGCAGAGAAUCCCACUAUCCAGUCUGUUCGCAGGGUGGCAAACUACUUCUAA